AUGAAAUUUUCAGCCACCAUUCUCUUAAUCGUUGCUCUUUUUGGCUUCAAUCAUAUUGAAUUUAAGAAACCCGUCGAUGGCGUCAUUUAUAAGAUCAAUAGCACUCAAGUUGCGGAUGUUGUUCUCCCCAAAGAAUGUAUUAAAAAAUUCGGUCGUUAUUUGAAGAUCACUAUCGAAAUUUACAGUAUUGCCGCCAAAAAAGUUGUUGAUACUAUCGUUGAAAAGGAAUACAUCUAUAAGCGUCCUACCGUCUUUCUUUACUUGAUCGAUAAAGUAUGGGCCAAUGAUCGUGCCAAAUACUUUCUUAUAGCCACCGUCUUUCAUAAAAAAAAUCACGUCCAAGGAAAAUCCGGAACUUUCAUCACCGUGGAUGACAAGAAAAAAAAGUAUUAUUAUUAA